GUCAAAGUACCAACUACACUUGCAACUUGCAAACCCUCACCCACUAUCACACUCAUCAAUCAUGCCUUCAUAAAUCCCUUCAACUACUUUCCAAUUUCUAAACUCACUGUCGUUUUCCAAAUACGACACCGUACUUCACACCGAUCAUGAUCUCACCGUCUCCGUCACUAAAUGUCCUUCUCACACCCGCCGCGAACGCUUCCGUCUUACCGCCGACGAUCCCUUUCGUCAACGCACCUCAACGCCGCCGCUAACUCUUCCCCCUCCAUGUCGCCGGAAUCCACCCCGCUCCAUCUCCGGCAUAUCCUCGUUGCUGCGCUGUUUUUCUUCGUCGUUUCUUUAUCCUGCUUACUCCUCUUCAGAGACGCCGGUUACUCUCACUUCGUUACCUCUUAUUCCUUCCCUCGUUUUCUAACCGUUUUUCCCUCGCCUGCAAACAAUUCAGCUCCGGCUAGGAAUGAAUAUCCACUUGAAAAGAUUCUGAAGGAGGCUGCCAUGAAAGACAAAACUGUUAUAUUGACCACAUUAAAUGAAGCAUGGGCAGCACCAAAUUCAGUCAUUGAUCUGUUUCUGGAAAGCUUUAGAAUUGGAGUUCAUACUCGUAGGCUUUUGAAUCAUUUGAUAAUUAUUGCAUUGGACCAAAAAGCAUUUCUACGCUGUCAAGCUAUACACACCUAUUGCUUUUUGCUUGUUAGUGAAGGUGAUGAUUUUCAUGAAGAGGCAUACUUUAUGACUCCUCGCUAUUUGAAGAUGAUGUGGAGAAGGAUUGAUUUCCUGCGUUCAGUUCUUGAGAUGGGAUACAAUUUUGUGUUUACGGAUGCUGAUAUCAUGUGGUUUAGGGAUCCAUUUCCACGGUUUCACCACGACGCAGAUUUCCAGAUAGCAUGUGAUCAUUUCACAGGUGACUUUGACGAUAUAUAUAACAGGCCCAAUGGAGGGUUCAACUUUGUGAAGUCCAAUAAUAGGUCAAUAGAGUUUUACAAAUUCUGGUUCUCCUCACAAGAAACCUAUCCGGGAUACCACGAUCAAGAUGUCCUCAAUUUCAUCAAGGUUGACCCUUUCAUUGAUGAUAUAGAACUGAAGAUGAAAUUCUUGGAUACAGCUUAUUUUGGUGGGCUCUGUGAACCAAGUAAAGAUUUAAAUCAAGUUUGUACCAUGCAUGCAAACUGUUGUUAUGGUAUGGAUAGUAAGGUUCACGAUCUGAGAAUUAUGCUUCAGGAUUGGAGACAUUAUUUGACUUUGCCUCCAAGUUUAAAGAGGUUGUCAGUUAUAUCCUGGAGGGUUCCUCAGAAAUGCAGCCUUGAUUCCCUUGAGCCCAAUGGUUCAACAGAGAAGAGUGCUGAAGAAGAUUAAAGUUCUCGUUGCACAUGUUAUUUUCCUAUAUGUCGAUUGGAUAUUCAGCUGAAGUGCGCAAAAGGAAUUUUUUUUUUUAAUUCAGGUUAGCUUUAUUAAUGUAAACGAUAAGAAUUGGACUAUAAUGCUAUUAAUGUAUAGUCAGAUCUAGCCAGUAUAAUUUGAAAAGAAAAAUCAAUUUUGCAA